GUAAAGCACUUGGCAACGGUCAGCAGCAGCAACAAGUGGAACGCACAGCAGCAGCACAAGCAGCAGCAGCAGCAACAUCGGCAUUUAUUGCAUAAACAACACUUACACACAGAUAAAAGAAGUGUUUGUUUGUUUAACAACAAAAAAGUAUAUAAGAAAAGACAACAAAUGCAUUAAGAACCAUGGCGGCAAUUACGGCAACAACAGGUGUCAACGCCAGCAGCAGCACCAACAGCGGCAGCAGCAGCAACAUCUUGCGAUUGGAUUUGGAUCAACGUCAAAGGCCGAUGCGCGGUAUUUCGAUAAUCAUUGAAUCAGCUACAUCAGAAGCUGCACCAGCAGCUGCAACAACAACAAUAAGCAGCAACAACAACAACAGCAGCAGCAAUGCUGAAAUGUCGCUCAAGUCACAGGCUGGCAUGUUGCUGGCAUUUGGCGACAGCGGCAACACAAACACCACAGCAACACAAGCAGCAGCACCAGCAGCAGCAGCAACCAAAGAUAAUUUGGAAACUAGUUACGACACGGCAGCAACAUACACAGACACAGAGACAGUCAAUAGCACCAGCACAAAAAUCUAUCCACAGUUGUUGUUGCGCAUUGGAGAGUCCGAGGAUAACGGAGAAAUUGCCAGCACAGGGGCAGCAACAUCAGCUGCCAUACCAGCAGCAGCAGCAGCAGCAGCAACAACAAGCACCAUUAUCAGCUGCAAUGUGUUGCCAGCUGCAGCUGGAGCAGCAACAGCAGCAGCAACAACUUUAGGUGAAAUUGCAGAGAGCGACAUUGUAGUCGUUGCUAGUCAGCCAGCAGCAACAGCAGCAACAGCAUCAGCAGCAUCAGCAGCAACAUCAAAUAGUGCAGUGACCGAGCACACUGUUAAAAUACAGAUCGAAAGCCAGAGUCAGGCCCGAAAUCUAGGCAAGCAAAUCAGCGUGGUGAAGCUCAACGAGGGCGAGGAGAUGGUGUUCCAUCAGCAGCAGCAGCAGCAGCAACAUCCCCAACAACAUCUGCAGUUCCUUGUGUCCAGCGGUCAGUAUUCGCCCUGCGAGACCUUGGACAGCGGCACUGGCAGCGAUCUGGAGAGCGUCAAGUCACCAGAGAUUGGAGGCAGUGCCGGCAACAAUGCCGGCCAGGUGCCCAAACUGGAGCUACAUUUGACCACCAACCGGCUGAAGGUCAGCGAGGUUUCAUCGCCAUUGCGUGCUUACAGUCUCACCGAUUCCAGUGAGGAGUGUGACGAGAGCAGCAGCUCCUCCCUCAGCUGUGACUCGCUGCAUUCGGGUGGCCUUCUGCCCACAUCGUUGCUUCGUGAUAUUCAUAGUCACCGGCAAACGAGAGAUAUUGCACCCUUGAUAUCCACCAAGAUCGAUGGCAGACCGCUGCAAUAUGAAGCCGAUCGAUUCUAUAACUUUCAUGUCAAUGAGCACGAGAAUUUCCGGAGUUUUGGCUCCACAUCCUCUGCUUCAACGACGCCGGAAUAUGAGACGAAUUCCGGCUUUCAGGAGGAACCGUCGCAGGACGACGAUGCCUUUGUUGGCUAUAAGGAUGUAAGGGUGCUGGGAUCCUCGGGUAAAGGAUCUGCCAACUCCACCAUCAGAUCCGCCAAGGGAACAGUGAGGGGUGUCAAGAAUCGUGUGCGCAAUGGAGUAGCCACAUUCUUGCAACUGCAACAGCCCAAUGUCAAGAACUACUUGGAAAAGGACAUGGGCAAGGUGGUUUUGUACACCACCAGCAUGGGUAUCAUCAGGGAAACGUAUGCCAAGUGUGCCAAUGUCAAGCAGAUCUUGCGCACUCUCCUAAUUAAAUUCGAGGAACGGGAUGUCUUUAUGAGCCUUGAAUAUCAGCAGGAGAUGAGGGAAAGGAUGCACGACGAGGCCAUCAGUGUGCCUCAACUCUUUGUUGAAGGCCAGCAUAUUGGGGAUGCCGAUGUUGUGGAAAGGCUGAAUGAAAGCGGUGAACUGCGACAAAUGCUCAAACCAUACAAGUCCAUUGCCACAGCCUAUACGUGCCAAAUGUGCGGAGGAUAUCGCCUGCUGCCAUGUCCUUCGUGCAGCGGCUCUAAAAAGUCCGUUCAUCGCAAUCACUUCACAGCCGAAUUUGUGGCUCUAAAGUGCAUGAAUUGCGAUGAAGUUGGCCUGGUCAAGUGCCCCAAUUGCUGAAGAAGGAAUUAUAUAGAUAGAUUCCCGAAGAACACAAAAACCCCCCUUAUUAUAUAUAUAUAUAAAUGUAUAUCUAUUUUUUUUUGUAUCUUUAUCUGAGAUGAGGAGAAGUUCUUUUUUUUGUCGUGCGCAAUUCUAGUAGUCGCUUAUUAUUAACAGUUGUGAUAUUUGAGAGCAGUUUUUGUGGUGGCCGGAAGUUAGGGGCCGAGAACGAAGCGAAACGAAACGGAAUGAAGUGAAAUGGAACGGAAAGACACACACAUACACACAAACGAUGAAACCUACAUAUGCAUAUGUGAA